UGAAUAUCACAGCAGCUUCUUGCUAGCUAAACAGAAAAGCGAGGCAACAACAAUGGCGCCUUUCCUGGGACAGGAGGGUGCGCCUCGCUCCGCGGCCGGCCCGGCCCUCAUCGUGGGCGCUACCGGCUACAUCGGCCGUUUCGUGGCCGAGGCCUGCCUCGACAGCGGCCGCAGGACCUUCAUCCUCGUCCGCCCCGGCAACGCCUGCCCCGCGCGCGCCGCCUCCGUCGACGAGCUCCGCAAGAAAGGCGCCGUCCUCGUCGAGGGCCGUGUGGAUGGGAAAGACGGGAAGAGGUCCGUGGAGACGGCGCUCCGCGCGCACGGCAUCGAGGUGGUGAUCUCGGUCAUGGGCGGGGCCAACAUCCUCGACCAGCUCGGCCUCAUCGACGCCAUCCAAGCCGCCGGCACCGUCAAGAGGUUCCUGCCGUCGGAGUUCGGGCACGACGUGGACAGGGCGCAGCCGGUGGGGGCAGGGGUGGAGUUCUACGAUGACAAGCGGCGCGUCCGGCGGGCGGCGGAGGCGGCGGGGGUUCCCUACACCUACAUCUGCUGCAACUCCAUCGCCGGAUGGCCCUACUUCGACAACAUGCACCCGUCCGAGGUGCCGCCGCCGCUCGACCGCUUCCAGAUCUACGGCGACGGCACCGUCAGAGCUUUCUUCGUGGCUGGAAGUGACAUCGGCAAAUUCACUGUCAAAGCUGCUUACGACCCCCGCAGCAUCAACAAGAUUGUUCACUUCCGUCCCGCUUGCAACCUCCUGAGCACCAACGAGAUGGCGUCCCUGUGGGAGGCUAAGAUCGGUAGGACGCUGCCACGUGUCACGCUUAGCAAGGAGGACUUGAUCGCCAUGGCUGCAGAGAACAUCAUCCCGGAAAGCAUAGUCGCUUCGCUGACGCACGAUAUAUUUAUAAACGGCUGCCAGACCAAUUUCUUCAUCGAUGGGUCAAAAGACAUCGACAUAUCAAGCCUUUACCCUGACACGCCCUUCAGGACAAUAGAUGAAUGCUUCGACGAGUAUGUUAAUGGCCUCGACCUAGAGGAAGACCAAGACGAUAAACAGAACAAGAAAAAAAGCAACACACCGAUGGUGGAGAUAUUGGCAGUUCAUCCUACGUGUGCCUAGGUCCAGACAUGUACAACACAGCAACAUUAUUCGUGUUCCUUCGUACUUUCUACAUUAUUCCAUUAUGGGACUGUUUUGUGUUACGUCCGUUAUGUCAACAUUCAAGAUACGAGAUGGGUGUGUAACAACGACAACUAGCGAGCGGGCAGGUGGAUUACACUAUGUGUUUUGAUUGUACUGAAUGAUCGCGUAGCCAUUGGUUUGUUUAACCUGGUUGGAUGAUUAAAUAAUACUUCCCACCACCUUAUCUAGGUCAUUUUGUGUAAAACACGUGAUUUUGCUUUCGCAACAUGAGGCAAAUAUGUACAGAAACUAUGAUAAUUUAACCUUUCUCUCUUCUGGGUGGUAAGGUAGCAAUGCGAUAUGGUAUUUGGUUCAAUUUCUCAUUGAGUGCAAAGGUGUAGGAUUGGGUAGCUUUCUCUUGUCACGAGGAGUUUUGAGUUUUCAGGACAGCCACUAAACCAUCAGUUGUGGCCUUGUGGGUGCUCACGAUUUGUGUGAGUAGUCCGUUGUUCUGUUCUGGGUGGUUUCUUGCCCCAUGUUCCCAAAGCUAGCUGCACUCUUUCUCUACAUAAUUGAACGGUAGAGCUCCUGCCAUUUUCCUCAAAAGAAAUUUGCAAAGGUGUGCAAAUUUCAUACUUGUCCUCAGAAAAUAACUUGGGACUUUCUGACUUUUGAUUAUUGUACAAAAAAACAAGCAUGUGCUUUGCAAUUUUCCCUUCACUGUUUAAUCUCCUGCUAUAUAUUCCCUAGGGUGCGGAUUUCAACGCUGUUCAAUAAACUAGGUGAAGCUAAGUAAUUGCUUGAUAGUAUACUGGUCAAGUUGAGAAAUGGAAGUUCAUAUCCACACACUAUCCAUUAUAACAUCUUUGGUGAAAAGAUAUGGCCAAUUUUGAGUAGACAUGUUUGCUCAGGUCCUAUUGAAAUUUGGAAAUAGUUAGGGACCAUGCCAUUCAAUUUGCACGAAUUAGAUUUUUUUAUCAACAAGGCCCGGGAAAAAUGAAAGUACUCACUUUUGAACAAUCCACAGUUACAAAAGCAGAAUAUGGAAGCAGCUAGGAUGCGCAUGUCACACGCCAUUAAAACUAGCAUGUUCCAAGCAACAAGAGCACUCUAAAAAUCAGCACUUUUACAAGUAUAUAUGCUAUGUUAAGAAGGGUGAAUUUUCA